AUGGCCGAAGACGAAGAAAGAUCGCCACUCCUGGCGUCCAAGGGCAAAGGCAGGGCCGAAGACGAUUCCUCUUUGUCCGAGUCAGCGCCUCUGUUAUCCAGCUCUUCUGCGACUCCCCGAUAUGAUGGCGAGCAAGACGACCCUGAGAGGUCCCGCGCUGCCUCCCUUGCUUCGAACCCGCCGAGCACGACCACUAAGAGUUCUGUACGAUGGGCGUCUGUGAUAUCCAUUAUUGUACUGAUCUUGCUCGUGUUUGGUAUUAUGGCCGGCUGCUUUUUCGUGCCCUCGGCGGUUCAAGAGUAUGCGACGCAAGCUGCGGUCAUUGAACCGACGAAUCUGGCCCUGGAAUCAAUCACGACAGACGGUGUGCGGGCGCGGGUGCAGGCGAACUUCAAGCUUGACGGCUCCAGAGUGCAAGAUACGACGUCUCGAAGGAUCGGAAAGUUUGCGACUUGGAUUGUGAGGCAGCUGGGAACGGAGCAGACGAAGGUUGGCGUUUUCUUGCCGGAGUAUGACGACGCUUUACUAGGCACUGCUGUGGUGCCGCCACUCACUAUCAGCAUCGUCGAUGGUCAAACCACGGCGGUCGAUUUCAUCGCUGAGCUGUCGCCUGGCGACGCCGAAGCAUAUCGAAAGAUUGCCAACGAAUGGCUAGACGGGAAGCUUGACCAGCUCAAGGUGCUUGGAAAGGCCAAUAUUCCACUCAAGUCCGGAAUCCUCCCACUUGGUACUCAUCCAGUGAGCGAGGUCUUGGUAUUUGAAGCGAACCAAAUCCCUACGCUGCCAAAGUACAACAUCUCGCGCCUCAAUUUCCAAGACUUACCAGAUUCAGAAGGUCAGCGAACCGCGGUUGGUGCCGACGUUGCUAUUACCGCCUACAACGAGUUUCCAGUCAGCCUAGAUGUACCCGAACUUGGCUUUGAAGUUCUUGUCCCCAACUGCAAUUCCUUCGAUCCCUACAUUCUCCUCGCCGACGCCACCACCAAACCCCUCUCAAUCAAGCCACGAACUGAUGUCACUGUCAAUGUUUCGGGAAUCAUCCGGGAGCUUCCAAAGUCCUUGACGCGAGUCUGCCCCAACUCGAAGUCGUCACCUCUGGACAAAUUCUUGGACCAGUAUAUGCAUGGCGAGGCCGCCACUGUCUACGUCCGUGGCCGGAAAAUGCCCGAUUCGGACACUCCGGAGUGGGUCGGCGAUAUCUUGUCCGAAAUCACUGUUCCUGUCCCCUUCCCGGGUCAGGGUUUUGACAACCUUAUCAAGAGCUUCUCUCUCACUGACGUGAACUUUCAACUGCCUGACCCUAUGGCGGAUCCGGAUGACCCCGAUGGAUCGCCAAAGGUAUCGGGUACGGUCGAGGUCCUCGCUAGUCUACCGAAAGAGAUGAACUUCGACAUCAAUGUCACGGACUUGCGAGCCACGGCAGACGUCAUGUACCAGCACAAGAAACUCGGGGAACUCAACCUUGACAGGUGGCAGUCUGCCAACUCGACCAAAGAGGACGGCGACGAAAAGCACGAGCCUCUCCUAAGAAUCACUUCCCGGGUCAUUGACGCCCCCCUCAAUAUUACCGACGGCGACGUGUUGACCGACGUUAUGCAGAGACUUCUCUUCGGUGGAAAGCAGGUUCUGUUAGAUGUCAAGGCCGGUGUCGACAUCCGAGUCAACACGGCUCUAGGAAACUUGGUCUUGAAGGAUGUCCCUGCUGAGGGCAAAAUCCCGGUAAAACCUUACACUGGUGCAGCUCUACCUGGCGACACCUUUGGUAGCAUCCACCCGCAAGUGGGAGAUGUGAAGAUAAUCAGUACCUCCUCCUCUGCGAUGACUCUUGAGGCGCUGGUGAACAUCACAAACCCCACACCGUACACAGCCUCCAUACCAUAUGUCAACAUACAUAUCGUCAGAGACGGGUUCGUGCUUGGCAGUGCUACUGCGGAGAAUUUAAGAGUCGUUCAGGGCAACAACACGAACUUGGUCGUUAGAGCAAACUGGGAUCCGACCUCUGAGGGCGAAGCUGGCCGCAAGAUUGCCAGUGAUAUGAUAUCAGAAUAUCUCUCUGGACGUAACGUCACAAUAGACGUCAAGACUCAUCGAGGGACGAUACCGACUGCUCCACUCAUUGGCGAGGGGCUAUCCAAACUGAACAUCAGCAUCGCCGCUCCGAAGUUGGACCUUCCUGGGGAAGGCGGGAAGAAAGGGCAUUUCAUCAGAGAUGCGACUUUCCAUGUGCUUUCUUCUACAGCGACGUUUACUCUGGUGUCUCCGCUACGGUACAACACUAUCUAUGUCGAUUGGGUCAAUGCCACAGCAUUGUACAACCAUACUGAGCCGGUUGGCCGUAUUGUUUACGACCUUCCCUUUGCGGCGCCUCCCGGGACAUCUGUGACGCCAAAGCUGCCCGUAGACUGGUCUAUGGGAUCUGUGGGUUAUGACGCCGUGAGGAGGGCGAUUGGAGGGGUCCUGACUCUCGACGCAAGUGCAAAUGUUACGGUGCGGAUUGGGAAUUGGAAGGAUACGGUCUGGUACGAGGGCCAAGGAAUAGGCGCAAGCAUUCGUUUGUAA